AUGAUUAUUCCAAUACGCUGUUUUACAUGCGGUAAGGUUAUUGGUAAUAAAUGGGAUUCAUAUCUUGGAUUAUUGCAAGCUGAAUAUACUGAAGGUGAUGCCCUAGAUGCUCUAAAUUUGCGACGCUAUUGCUGCCGUCGAAUGUUGCUGUCACAUGUCGAUCUUAUCGAAAAAUUACUGAACUAUCAUCCACUGGAAAAAUGA